CCUUUCGAUUACCUGUUGUAGACGAGGAAGAGAGUAUAUUACGUCACGAGUAUAUAUUCUCCAAAUCCCCGGAUGUCGGCCUUUUUUUCUAACUAAAGAUGGCAGAGGGAGACAAGAAGAAGGCUGCGAAGCACAGCAGCCGUAACCCCGUUCUGGUGCGGGGCAUCGGCCGCUUCGGACGCUCUGCCAUGGCUGCCCGCCGUGCCAUGUACAAGAGGAAGACCAAGGCACCCGUCACCAAGGUUGAGAAGAAGCUGUCCAAGGCUCCCACCAAGACCACCAAGCCAGUCGGCGGAGACAAGAAUGGAGGCACCCGUGUGGUUAGGCUGCGCAAGAUGCCCCGCUACUACCCCACAGAGGAUGUGCCCCGCAAGCUGAGGAGCCAUGGCAAGAAGCCCUUCUGCCAGCACGCCCGCCGCCUGCGCAGCGCCAUCACCCCCGGCACCGUGCUCAUCCUGCUCACUGGACGCCACCGUGGGAAGCGUGUGGUCUUCCUCAAGCAGCUGUCUAGCGGUCUCCUGCUUGUCACCGGCCCCCUGGCCGUCAACAGAGUGCCACUGCGCAGGGCUCACCAGAAGUUUGUCAUCGCUACCGCCACCAAGGUAGACAUCUCCGGCGUGAAGAUCCCCAAGACGCUGACAGACGCCUACUUCAAGAAGAAGAGGCUGAGGAAGCCCAAGCAUCAGGAGGGCGAGAUCUUCGACACAGAGAAGGAGAAAUAUGCCGUGACAGAACAGCGCAAAGAGGACCAGAAGGCAGUUGAUGCUCAGUUGAUCCCCCUGAUCAAGGCAGUCCCACACAUGAAGGACUACCUGAGGUCACAGUUUUUCCUGUCAAAUGGGGUCUUCCCACACAAACUGGUCUUCUAAGCGAACUCCAAUAAAAAGCUGUCUUUUUCCAACCACA